UUAAUCAUUCCCGGAUCUACCACAUUCAUGUUGACACUAUGUGCAGAACUACAUGUAUCGAUGUAUAUUUCAGUCCACCCUCUUCAACACGAGCAAACGCUUUCUACUUCACUCCCUUGAAGAAGACGAAGUACGGAAAAUGGUAUCUCAAUCGCCCAUCGGACAAUAGCAUACAGACAACAGUGAAGCGGAUCUGUGCUAUGGCCGGAAUUACAGGGAAGAAUACCAAUCAUUCACUCCGGUCAACUGCUGCCGACCGGCUGUACGAAGCUAACAUCAGUGAGCAGCAGAUGUGUGAACAAACAGGGCACAGGAGUGAUGCAGUGAGGGUCUACAAACGGACGAGUGAUGAACAAAAGGCAAUGGCUUCAGAUGUGUUGGCUUGCAAAGUUCCAAAGAGCGAAGAAAACUCCAAUAAGAACGUUAACGUCGCAUCGACUGUGUCUGUCCCGCCUUCUGAACCAGAGUCAAGCAUAACGGAAAGUCGCGGAAAUGUCACAAUGACCUUUAAUUUUCAUUAAGUGUAAAACCUCGUUCCUGUGAUUGGUACCUGUAGAAAGGAUAAUGAGUUACAACGGCAGUUAUCAAAAUUAGGUUUAUAAAGAAAAUGUAAAUUUUAAUUAUAGUUCACGCAUUUCUGCAUGUUUGUUUUUAGGAAGCUUUUAGCAAUAUUCCAGGAAUUUCGCGGCGGGGGACACACUAAAUAGGCUUCGCAAAUUGUACCCAUGUCAGGAAUGGGUCUUCGGCGUGACUAGCGAACGCUUUACUACUUGUCUACCUGAUCGCCCCUAUUUCAGCAUGUAUCAUUAUAUUACUGUAUGUACUAAUAUAACAUGUGUGUUCAAAUGAAAUCAGCACAUCCUGUUGUAAGAGGAGACUAACUUAAU